CGCAUGUACAUAUCUGACGUAAAGCGUGUCACCUCAUCGAUUUUCGACCUGUAAUCGAUAAAUUUAGAUUCUCGGUUAUCAAAAGUUGCUUGAACACGAAGGAAAAUGUCUGCCAUAGUUGCUGGAAAUACAGAAAUUGGACUGAAAAGGGUCGGGACUGCUGUUACAGUUCCGGCGCAUCCAAUAGCUAGGUUGAUGUAUUACUUACGAUGUAUUUGUCAGGUCCUUAGCUUGGAUGACCAAAACUUAGACCGACUGACCAAUUUCACCCAGUACUACACUUUGACUACCGAGGAACUGGAUGCUUUACUCGUUCUUUGCAUUUUGUUAAGUCCGGAUAAUUUGGUUGGAAAAUGCAUUUUCGAGGAUGAAGAAUUGUGUGGGAAUUUGGUGACACAGUUCUAUGAAUUGAGCGCAGUACAGAACCGGUUUGUGGUAACAGAUUCUGUUUUACUUGGAAGUCAGCAAAGGCAUGUGAAGAAAAUCAUGACGUUUAAAAGAUCCUUUCUGGCUGAUUACUACAUUAUUCCCAUUGCAACUUUCGCUGACAGAUUACGAUUAAUAGCAUCUGGUAUAGACAACGAGCCCAUUAGAAUGCAGCCUUCCAUCGCAUAUGGAUCGACUGUAAUCGUCACUCAGCCCGGUGCCAGUAAUUAUACCACUGUUGCCGAACGGAAGUGUUAUGAGAGAGGCUGCUUACAUUUAUGUAUCUCCUGUAUAUUUCCCUUAUGGUGGUUCGUGUGGUGUUGUUUGUGCGCUUGGGAGAUUUAAAAGACAAUGGAAAUCUGGGCACAUUUGCUAAGGUUGAUGGUACAUGUAUCCUACAUGUACAUAUUAUAAUAUUGCAAUAGUGUGCAAAAUAGUGUUCACUCAUAGAAAUAUUGAGUAGAGUUUAGCUACAUUUUCAGUUAAUUGGAAAGUAGAUAUGUACACGCACAUGGCUGUAUUUUGUGGUAAGUACAUGCAUACUUUAUAAUCUGACCGUAGAAUGGAAUCGGAUGAGCAUCUCUCCUUCACUCCUCAUCUGGAACAGGAACAUUCACACGUUGUUAUUUAUGUUUAUAUCUGUUAUACAUGCUCGUUAUAUUUGAUCACCACAUGUAUUUGUAUACCCAUAGAAAAUGAAAGUUCUUUUUCAGAUUUUCAGAUCUUGUAUUUUCUUAAGUGUUGUCAAAUGACUUUUGAAUACUGUGAUUAAAACUUUUAAAAUGUA